AUGCCAGCGCAAAAGGUUCUCCAACCAAAUCUCGACAUCAUCUUCUCACCAUCUCCAAUCUAUAGCCUGUACACAAUGAUCUGUCAACGCUGUGCCCGUCUUCUAUCGCCAUCAUUCCUCCGUCCCGCGACUCUCCGGCCCCUCUCCACGACCUCCAGAUCUCUCCGCCCCGAAAGCCCACCCGCGGCAACUUCCACCUCUGCCGCGCAGCCAUUUUCCACGCCUUUUACGCCCUCGCCCUCAAAGACGCCUGAUAUACCUUCAUCACCAAGUACGACACCUAAAGCAGCAUCCAAAGUCCCAGCGCAUCCGCCCAGCAGUGUAGCAGCGGGCACGCCAUUGAGGGGAUUGGGAUACAUCAAGGGCCAAGAGGGGCCAGUUGCGAAAGAGGACUCGGAAUAUCCUGAUUGGCUUUGGGAACUCCUUGAGGCUAAGAAGGGCGACAUGACUGAGGAAGGGGUGGUUGGGGAUGCCUUUGCGAAAUCAAAAAAGCAACGCCGCCUCGCCUCUAAAGCCGCUCGCGCUCUGAAGACUGGGUCCCACGGGACCUCGCACACGGUCAAAGUACCGCUCGAAGAACAGUCAAUUGACCUCCCAGCUGGUAUGGGAGAAGCAGAGGGGCGAAAAGCGUUGGAGGCAAGAGAAGGGUUGACGAGCGCGAUGAGGACGGCGCGGAGAAGAAAGAUCAAGGAAAAUAAUUUCUUGAGGGGGAUGAGGUAG